AUGGUCCCUGGUAUUCCGGAAAUAGGCGCUCCUGCGCUAGCCGGACUUUCCGCCUCCCCGCGUUAUUCUCCCCCCCAUUCCGCUCCGCGCAUCCUCCAAGCUCGUAACCAAUCCCGCUCCAGCCGGAUCACAACCGCUGCAACCUCAAAUCCCGCGGGGGGAACCUCCGCUUCCCCCGCUUCCGCGCCCGCUGCGCCUAGGCCCGGCGCGGGCGGAGGCGGGGAGGCACUUAUAACGGGGGAAGGGCUGGCGAAGAGCUUCGGAAUGGACGUGCUUUUUGAGGGGCUGGAUGUGACUAUAAGCAGAGGGCAGAAACUGGGGCUGCUGGGGCGGAACGGAUGCGGUAAAAGCACAUUGCUGAGGAUACUAGCGGGGAUGGACGCACCUGAUCAGGGCAAGGUGCAGCGCAGGCGGAACCUGAACCUGGCGUUUCUCGCUCAGGACCCCGACCUGCCCUCGCAUCUGUCUCUGCUAGACGCAGUGCUGUCAGCGGACAAUGCUGCCAUGCGCGCUGUGAGGGAGUACGAGCGAGCAGCACAGAGAAUGAAGGGCAGAGACCCCACCCCAGCAGAGGCAGCGGCGCUGCAGCGGGCAAUAGAUGGGGUGGAGGCGAUGGGGGCAUGGGACGUGGUGGCAGAGGCAGAGAAGCUUCUAGAAAUACUAGGGCUGGGGGACGCUGCUCUGACCAACAGUGGUGGCGGUGGCAGUGGUGGUGGGAUUAUGGAGCGGCAAGUUUCGUCGCUUAGUGGCGGGCAGAGGAAGCGGGUGGCCCUGGCUGCAACGCUGCUGGCGAAGCCAGAGCUCAUCAUUCUCGAUGAGCCCACCAACCACAUGGACGUGGCAGUCAUUGAUUGGAUGCAAUCGGCCCUCUCCGAUCCCUCUCUAACCGUCGUCCUCGUCUCCCACGACCGUUACUUUCUCGACGCUGUCUGCACGCACAUGCUCGAAAUAGAUCGCGGGUACUCUUUUCGGCACUCGGGCAACUACUCAAACUUUUUGGCUGCCCGGGCGAAGCGGGCAGCCGAAGAAGCCGCCGCGAUUGGCCGGGCAGCGAACACGCUGCGGCGGGAGGGGGAGUGGAUGCGGCGAAUGCCGAAAGCUAGAUCGACUAAGUCCCGGUCGAGAAUCGACCGGUUUUUGGCGCUUACUAAAGCGACGGCGGAGAAAAGGCAGCGGCAGCAGCAGGCGGCGGUGGGGAGAGUGGUGGAGAUGGGUAUGGGGGAGGCACGGCUGGGUGGGAAGGUGUUGGAGCUGAGAGAUGCGACGGCGAUGCGAGGAGAGAGCACCGUGUUUGAAGGGUUCACGUAUGAGUUUGGUCGGGGGGAUCGCCUGGGAGUGGUAGGGCGCAAUGGAGCAGGAAAAACCACUUUUCUUGAUGCCUUAGCGGGGUUGCUGCCUCUCCCAUCAGGCACUAGAGAUGUUGGGGAGACAGUGGUGAUGGGGUAUUACACACAGCACAUGCCCCCUGUGCCUGACAACAUGCGAGUACUCGACUUCGUUCAAAACUUCAACCCCACUGCUGCUGUUCUCGGCUCCUGGGGUUCCAUCCCUGCUGCUGCUGCUGCUGCUGCUGAUGCUGCUGCUGCUGCUGCUGCCGCUGGUGCUGCCGCUGGUUCGGCCGAGCCUGUUUCUGCUUCGGAGCUUCUGGAGCGGUUUGGGUUUCCGCGGGCGAAGCAAUACGCCUGGGCAUCGAAGCUCAGUGGAGGGGAGAAGCGACGGCUGCUGCUGGCGGCAGUAUUGGCUCAACGACCCAACUUCCUCAUGCUGGACGAACCCACCAACGACCUGGACUUACAGACCAUUGAGGUUCUCGAGUCAUUUCUCUCGGCCUACGAGGGCUGUCUGCUGGUCGCCUCCCACGACCGUGCAUUCAUGGAUGCGGUGGUCGAUCGCCAGUUUGUGCUGCAAGGGGACGGACAGGUGUUGCUAUAUGAUGGGCUGUUCUCGGAAUACCUCGCUGACGCGCAGGAGCAAAAGGCGGAGAAGGAAAAGGAGGAGAAGGAGAGGGUUGCGGAGGAGGACAGGAGGAAGGAGGCUGAAGGGAAGAGUGUGGUUGAGGAGCAGAGGAAGCGGGAGGAGGGAGCGGGUUCGGGUGGGAGUAAGACGAAAGGCAAGUCGGCUCGGAAAAUGUCGUAUAUGGAGAGGAAGGAGUGGGAGCGGUUGGAACAGGAGAUUGAGAAGUUGGAGAAGAAAAAGGUGGCGGUUGAGGCACAGCUUGAGCGGAAGAGCAAGGCGGGAGAUUUUGCGAUGCUCCAAGAAUUGUCGGAUGAGCUUGCUGCGCUGGGGCAGGCUAUAGAGGUGAAAUCAGAUAGGUGGCUAGAGUUGGCAGAGCUAGCUGAGGAGUAA